GUCCUACUUCUAAGGAUGUGUACAUCGAUUAAACUUCCAUUGUUUGUUCAAUAUCUUUGUCUAAUCCAUAAACAGUUUAGUUUCGAUGGAUCAAGGUGCUACACUAGACUAAAUAAUUUUUAAUUGCUUAUUUUUGUAAUAUUAUUUCUAAAUAGUAUUAUAUCAUAUUAUGGAUGCCUCGAUACCUGUAUACGAGAAGCCCCAUUCUCGCCUUAGUGUUUUAGAUUGGACUCGAAAUAUACAAAGGCUGCAAAACGAAGCUAGAUUACGUCGCUUUGAGUCUUAUGAGCUACGUCAGAGAGCAAAUCAACUCAGAAACGAGACUUCGGUAACAACUAGAUGGGACAACUAUGUUAAUAACGAACUGUUAAGAGAUAGAAUAUUCGAAGUAGAAUCAUGGCGAGAAAAUCAAAGAUUCACUCGGGAGCAGGUAAGAGAUGAGAGUAGAGCGCUACAAGAAGAGAAGAACGCGACUGAACUGCAACUGGAAUCACUCCAAGUACCUUUGAUGGUGAGUUCUCAGUGUCUCACUAAUCGAGACCAGAGACUUCCACCUGAGUUGACCAAGGAUACAUUGGGAGAGGAGUUGAAUAAGGAGUUACACAUACUGGAGAACAGCAAACGUGUCCUAACAGACGUAUGCCAUAUGGCCUGGGAGAAAUUAAAAGAAUUAACUAAUGUCUUCUGUCGGUUAGAGCGAGAGAUACAGAACAAGGAUGACGCAUUGGGCAUAGAUCGCCACGUCAAACAGCUGGACAGAUACAGUUCUGAUAUUUCGUUUAAGAUUGAUCCUACAAGGGUACCACCUGAAUCAAUAACAGAAGAAAGCUACGUUCACUGCAUAGAGAAUACUAUUAAGAUCGCUGAGCAGCUGAUGAGAGAAUCUAAAUCAUUACGAGAGACCAUGUUUAGAAGUCGUGAACAGGUCAAAAACCAGUUGUAUGCGCAAUGUCAGGCCGUGGAGAUGGUGAUGAGGAGAAGGGUAUUUGAUAUUCAAAGGGCCAGAAAUGAAAUGGAGUGGCAGAAACUGAAGUUAGAGCAAAAUCUCGCCAAGGUAGAGCGAGAAAUAGAAUCUCUGCGAGCGGCUGUUGCUGAUAAAAUAAAUCCAACUAAGUUAGUGGAAACCCGUCUGGAAGCCAGAACACGACGACCUGCUUUAGAGAGAGUGCAGGAUAAGCCAACACGUGGUCUGAUAGAAGAGUACGAGAGAGUUCAUACAAGCACCAGUACGUUGGAGAAGAAACUAGAAGAUGCACUUUCCACAUACCAUGGCAUGCACAGCCAUUACCAAAGGGUAACAAAAGACCUGCAGUACAAGAACCAGGCUCUAGAGACAGACAGGCGGCUGGUGGAGAUUCGGAAGCCACUUCAUCGAUCUGAUGAUACUGAGUUCCAAAGGAAUGUUGGUUAUUGCCAUAUGAGCGAUGAAUUGAUCACAGACUAGCAAGAGUCCAUAUUUACUCUUUGGUCACAAACUUUUUUUUAGGUCGUCCAUUUUCUCUAUUUAUAAUAGACUAAGGAUGAUAUCUGAGUUUACAAUUAGAUCAAGUAACAUUGCCAUGGCCCAUGAGUUUACAGUUUGUCUCCAUUUAUUUAAUACCUGUAGACAUAAUGGCUUGCAGAUUGUUAAUUCAGUGGUUCCCCUGUACCACAAAAUUGUUGAAUAACUUAGUGAAAACGAUUUGUAAUCAAAAUGUCCGCAUAAACAGAAACACUUAUUAUGUACUAAAUAUUACGAAUGUGUAAUUUAUAAUAAGAUACUAUAUUGUGUUUCGCAGUCGAGAGCAAGUGUACCUUGGUAUUAAGAUUUAGCUUGAUAUUAAAUUAUCCCUUAUAGUAGACAAAUAAUAAAUGGCACAAUGGCACAGCGAAAUUAGAUUACCAAUUUAUUAAUAGCUUUUUGGAUAUUUCAAUGAUAUGUUCUCUUACACAUAUUUAGAUAAUUACUUAGGAAACUCAUGAGCACCGCUGAUUGGAGCAUAAAUAAAACAAGUUAGUAUUAAAAAAUAAUAUUUAAUCUAGGCAAAUGAUCCUAGUGAUACAUAGACACAAGGAUGGGUAGUUAUUUAAUAUGUAUUAGAAAUGAUUAUUAUAAAAAAUAUUUAACACAAUAUUGGUGCACAUUAAAUAUAUGAAUACAUAAGGCAUUUUUUAAAAUCCUAUUUU